CCUAAACAUGUAGCUGUACAUGGAGACCAGGCUGGGAAAUUUGACCAGUGCCCUACGCAGCUCCGAGACUGGAAAGCCCUUAGAGUGUUACUUUUUUCCCCGUCCCCAGCUUCUUCUUCAUCGUCCUCUCGUCAGUUCCUCCGCCGGAGCGAGGCAGAGUUGCGGAUUUCCCGGAGAGGCCGGCUGUCUGCGUCCUCUUCCCCCACCGCUAACUAAAUAAUGGAGGAAAAAUAAUGGGAGCCCUCGUUCUUUAACCGUAGGAGCCGCGGCUCGUCCAGGGAGUAGAAGGGACUGGAGACAGUGGGCAGGCCUUCGGAAACGAUUCGGCCAAGCGGGGGCUGCUGCAGAAAAUGCAGGUGUAAGUAAACAUCCACCCUCGGCCUGGCUUCUUGAAAAAAAUCCCUCUAAAGGCCAAGAAGAGCGCAAAGGCAAGGCAGCGCGUGCAGCUAACCUCGGGGCCAGGGGGCGGGGUUCCCUUUUUUGAGGGUGGGGGGCUGCUCCCUUUUCUUGCUUUGACCAUCCAGCCCCCCUCCUCCCGCAUGAGUGCUGCCGAGGGAGGCCCUGAUCCUGCCUCCAGGGGGCCCUGGGGACUCUGCCGCUCUCCUCCUAUGGCGACCAGCCUGUGAUAAGGAGGGGAUCUUCUCGGGAGUUGAGAUCCAGGGCACAGGAUUGGGGUCGGGGGGCGCCCGGGCCCCGGCGAUGAGUCUGGUGGGGGGCUUCCCCCACCACCCGGUGGUCCACCAUGAGGGCUAUCCCUUCGCCGCCGCUGCCGCUGCCGCUGCUGCUGCCGCCGCCAGCCGCUGCAGCCACGAGGAGAAUCCGUACUUCCACGGCUGGCUGAUCAGCAGCCAUCCCUCCGAGAUGUCUCCGCCCGACUACAGCAUGGCGCUCUCCUACAGCCCCGAGUACGCUAACGGAGCGCCGGGCCUGGAGCAUCCUCACCACUACGUAGGCGGCGUGCCCCCCCCGGGCAGCGGCGGCGGGCCGCCCGGCCUAGGGGGCGGCCCCCGUCCGGUCAAGCGCCGCGGCACGGCCAACCGCAAGGAGAGGCGCAGGACUCAGAGCAUAAACAGCGCCUUCGCUGAGCUCCGCGAGUGCAUCCCCAACGUGCCGGCCGACACCAAGCUCUCCAAGAUCAAGACGCUGCGCUUGGCCACCAGCUACAUCGCCUACCUCAUGGACCUCCUGGCCAAGGACGAAGCCAACGGCGAGGCCGAGGCCUUCAAGGCUGAGAUCAAGAAGACCGACGUCAAGGAGGACAAGAGGAAGAAGGAGCUGAACGAGAUCCUGAAAAGCACAGUUAGCAGCAACGACAAGAAGACGAAAGGGCGGACUGGCUGGCCGCAGCACGUGUGGGCUCUGGAGCUCAAGCAGUGAGGUGCUGCGAGCCCUGCUGGAGGAUCUUCGAGGGAGCGCUCGUCGAGCUGAGGACUUUUCUGUUGUUGUUUUGGAAUCGUCUGGUUUAUUUAUGUGCAAUUUCCCUCCCCCUCCCCCCCAGUCUCGCCUUUCAAAUGCGGAUCUUGGAAGAAAAGCAUUCCAGAUUUGAAUCUAGGAAGAGGAAAACUCCGGCGUGGUAAGGGGGUAAUGUCUCCAUAGUUAUUAUUUUUUCUCGCCCCAUGAAUGUUAUUUUUGCUUUAUUUGUAUAGAACACACGGAACAGAGGGGGAAAAAAUCUCGCAGGCAUUAGUGUGUUAUGUGAAGUGUCUGUGUUUAAUAUUUGCCCUGUCGGAUAAACACGUUGAUGGGAAUCUCAGUUCCAAGGAGGUCCCCACCUGGGUUCAGUUCGGGGCUUCGGCGUUUUGUUCUCGCCAUUGUGGUCGCUCAAGAGUUGGAAGAGAUUUUCGACAGCUCUUUGUUAAUGUGCACUUCGGUCCUUAAGGAAGCAAAGCAAACAUUAAAAAUGUAAAAAAAGAGAGAGAGAGAAAAUCAUCCGUGGAGCUGAAUUUAAUAACUGAAAGGUGUAAACGCUGUACGUAUUCAAUAAACCACUGUGUGUGUUUUUUUUAA